GGACCGUUCAAGAUCACCCGUCGCUUCCUCUUCCACGCCGGCAUUCACCGGCACCGACUCCGGCUCAGGCUCAGGCUCCCCUUCUUUGUCUGACCAUGACACUACAUCACUAACCAUGAAAGGGAAAGAGAAUGGAGAGUCUGUGGUGAGAUAUCUAAACGGCAUAAGUUCUCCUUCGCCUCUACCGAAGAAGAACUUGGAUUAUUUUGAAGCAAGGCAACAUCUUUUGUAUGUCGGUUGGGAAGUGAAGAAGGACGAAAUCGGAGUGUUUUACUUGUCUCCGGAACAAGAUAUGAGGAGGAGUUUUCGAGAAGCGUGCGUCCUAGAAGUAUGUAAAUGCAGAACUGAGGAUCAUCAAUGGAAACACUGCUCGCUUUGUGGUUACCAUUCAGAUCAUUUGCGUAGUGCCUUUUGCACAGAGGAAUGCAAGUUGGCAUUCAAUGACAUGGAACCCUUGUUAUUCAAGGUUGAUAGGAUUUCUGAAGAGUUUAGUUGGACCUCAAUGAAAGGUAACAACACGUUACCCAGGUUCCUACAAAAUCCCAUGCUUCUAACGGCAGCCCAACUCGUCCGGUCAGCUUUUGACUAUGAUGUUAUUCCAGAUCUACUGUUUGGUUAUGGCAUGUAUGCGGGAUUUUACACCCAUGCAAUGUGGAAAAAGUCAGAUUUGGUCUGUGCUAUAACUUUUCAAAUCCAUUCAAGGGCUAAGGAGGUUUUUGGUGAAGUUCCUUACAUUGUUACAGCGGAGGAAUACCGUGGUAGGGGUUGUUUAAAGGUAAUGAUGGAAGAGUUUGAGUGCUUCUUAAAGACCUUUAGUGUGAAAAGGUUACUUAUGUCCUCACUCUCUACUAAAGUGGAUCUCUGGACCGAAGGCUUCGAAUAUGUAAAGAUUUCUGAAGAGGAUUUAAAUAAAAUCUUAGAAGAUGGUUCUGUUAUUGUUGAUUUUGAAAACACUGAGAUGUUAACCAAGGAGCUUUAAUGCUUGGUUGAAAAAGAAGUCACUUAUUGUUGAUUUUGAAAACACUGAGAUGUUAACCAAGGAGCUUUAAUGCUUGGUUGAAAAAGAAGUCACAAACUGUGGUACUAUAAUCUGGAGCAGUUGACUUUUUUGA